GACACAAAGCUCGCUUCAGCCUUUUUCUUUGCCAAUUCGCACAGAGCUGUACUGGGAGUCGCAGCUCAGAAACUGUAGUGCUGAACUGAAAAAAUCAGCUUUGUUUCGUACAGAGGGUAACGCCCACCCUGCCCCCUUCCCCUCUUUUUUUUCUUUUUCAAAAGUAAGAACCUGAAACAAAAAAAUCUGAAAUAUUAUCUCAGUCCAGCGGGCGUUUGGAGUUAUGAGUUAAACAUCUGAAAGGGAGAAAAAUGAGGAGCCCGCACAAUAAUGGAAGUCCAAGUUUAUUCGCAUUGGUAUCCUGUCUCAGCCCUGAAAAUAAACAGCUUCACAAAGAAUGCACGUGGAGAGUACACAUGGUCAUGUUUUAGGAAUCUGGAGAGUUAAAAACCUGGCAGACUACACUUUUCAGCGCAAUCUUCACCGCAAGAACAUGGUACAUUGAGCAGCUGUUUCUUCUUACAGGGCAGAGGACAGCAGCAUGAUAGCAACUGGGGGUGUAAUAACAGGGCUGGCAGCCUUAAAGAGGCAGGACUCGGCCAGAUCCCAGCACCAUCUGCCUGUGCCUACACCACCCUCUCCGCAGGAGAAAAAGAGAGCAAAGCGGAAGCCCCGGGCAGACGUGGUGGUUGUUAGGGGCAAGAUCAGAUUAAACUCCCCUUCUGGGUUUUUUCUUAUUCUUGGGAUAUUGAUCUCAAUGAUCGGGAUUGCAAUGGCGGUGCUUGGUUACUGGCCUCAAAAGGAGCAUGUCUUAACAACAGAAUCAAAACUAUCAACUAACGACACACAUGUUACACGGGACCAUGGUGGGAUGGUAGCUCAGUUUUUUGAGCAGCACUUGCAUUCUGAAAAAAUGAAAAUGCUGGGACCUUUCACCAUGGGCAUUGGCAUCUUUAUUUUUAUUUGUGCUAAUGCCAUACUACACGAGAACAGAGACAAAGAGACCAAAGUGAUACACAUGAGAGAUAUCUACUCCACUGUUAUUGACAUACACAGCCUGAGGAUCAAAGAACAGAAGUGCAUGAAUGGGGCCUACACUGGUCCAAUCGGGGAAUCUGAGGUGAAAAUGUAUGAGAACCAAUGUGCUUCAAAGUUAGCUGCUAAUACUCUGUUGACUUUCUCUGGCCUUGGUAAUGAUGCCAGGGUAACACGGCAAGAGAGAUCUAUUGAGGAUUAUGGUUUAGCUAAUGAAGCCAAGGGGCACUCAUGCCUCCUACUUCCAAUACGCAAAGAAGGAUCUGGUUCUGUCUUUCACCUCCAGACAGAAAGCAGCAGGUUAAAAGAUGACAAAAAUAUUAGCUCUAAAAAAUGUGAAACCAAGUCUAUUGUCUCAUCUUCAAUUAGCGCUUUCACGCUUCCUGUAAUUAAACUGAAUAACUGUGUGAUUGAUGAGCCUGAUAUAGAUAACAUAACAGAGGACUCUGAGUUCAGCAGAGGUAAAUCUCGACAGCCUUCCAUGGAUUCCUUAGCAGUUCCUUCAAUGGAUAUCAGUGAAACGUACAAACCUCCCAACCCUCUGCUUCUAAGGAGCAACUCAGCUGCAGAGUCCCCAACCUUCUCAUCCCAAUCCUCCCUCUCUACAGGAUCAGCAAGUGGGAGAUACUUAUCUCCUGGAGUUGCCCGGAAAGAUUUUGGGUCCAAAACUUCUCUCCACAUACUGUCUGCCCAUUCCAAAUCCUUAGAUUUAGAUAGAGGACCUUCCACGUUAACUGUUCAGCCUGAACAAAGGAAACAUCCUAGCUGGCCAAGGCUGGACCGCAGCAACAGCAAAGGCUACAAAAAACUUGAGGAUAAUGAGGAUCCAAUGGACAGAUUGCUGGUCCCACAGAUGUCUAACAAAAGGGAUUAUACUAAAAAGGAAAAACUGCUUAUGAUCUCAAGGUCUCACAAUAACCUGAGCUUUGAACAUGAUCAAUUUAUGAGCAACACCUUAAAGCGAGGAACAUCAGAAACAAGAUUCUAAAUGCAUUUUUUUUUUUAAAUAUAAAUGUCCGUCAUGAUCAAAGUUUAUGGAAAACUACUGUUUGCAAUAAACUGGAUGUCCUGAAUGGUAAACUUUACUAGUUUGUGGCCUAGGUGGUGGAAGCUAUUUGCAUAAAAACUGGGAAACUUAAGACAUAUCUCUGUAACUUGACCAUAAUCAGCUAUUGCAAGAGAAAACACAACCAAUCAUGGUUUGAAAGAAAUCUUAACAGCAGCGAAUACAUUACACUAAUGUGUAAAGUAUAGCUACAUUUUUUUUUUUUAAAUGCUGAAACUUGGAAUGGACAUUCUUUAGGAAGGUAUAUUUUAUGAAAUUGCAUCUGAUAAAGUUUGUACAGUGACCUAUAUAAAGUGUUAUUUUUAUCCAAGAUGGGCCCUUGCUUUUUUAAUAUAAAAUGUACUUGGUCUUUUUACUGGAAGGCCAAAGUGUAAGAUGGUUUGCUAUGAUCGACUUGAUAUUGACAGAACUGUUUGUAGAUAAGGAGAUGUUUGUUAUCCUCAUGUCAGAGAUGUACUGGGUUGUAAAUAGAUAUGUAUGCAGUAUAUCCAAAGAAUAUACCCCUGCAAUCCUUACAUGAAUGAUUUAUAUUUCACUGUGCACUUCAAGCUAAAAUGUAGGUUAUUUACAUUAUGGGCCGGACCAAAUCAAAGUUAGCACUUGGCGAACAAGGACGCGAAAGAAUUUGCGGUAAUAAAACACAAGAAAAAUUCCAAGUGAAAUCUCGCAGAACCAAAACAAGCCCUUUUCGCCCUUCAAAAAGCAGCUAUCGCUUGUUAACUAGUGGGUUGAGAAGGGGAGUGGUUUGCUAUCACCCAACCAAAUCUACUCAAUUCCAGCUAUAAAUCACAUCGCAAGACUUUCGCAGGACCGGGUUUUAUAGUCAACUUCGAACUUGUUGAAAGCUAUUGCGUAUUAAGCAAAUAGUAAAAAAAAAAUAACAUUAAACAUCCUGAUGCAAAAAACAGUAAAUGCCUCAAGAUGCUCCACUGACCUCAUAUAUCAAACACUUGCACACAACACUGAAUAAUAUGCAGUAUAAAAUCUUAUUAUAUGUAUUAUUCCUGUUAUUGUCAUAAUAUAUGUUGUGUUUGUUGCACCCUUAAACAAAACACGCACAAGACCGUUUUCUUUAGCCUACUAUUUUUUUUUUCCACAGUUCGAGUUAAAUGUUUAAUAAACCAAUACGUACAAACAAUAAACUCUUUUCUGCUCACGGAGAGCUUUGCGUGGCACAGUGUCUCUUUCAGUGAUGGUAAAGCUUUUUAGAUAUAUUUUCUUUUAUUUCUUAUCUUUGUAGUAAGCUACGACUAUGGAAGAAAUAAUAAUAAUAAUAAAAUACAACUACCCAAAAAAAUCUGCAAUCACCUUUUUUUUUCUCACGGCACUGGAUAGCAUUUCAUUCGACUUCUUAUUGUAUAAUAUGUACCGGUACUGAUCCUGGCGACAGUGUUACGUUGGUUUUUGGAUGUUCUGUUCACCCCAAGUUUUUUUUGGUUUUGUUUUUAUCAGCAUUUUAAUUUUAUAAUACUCACACAGUUUUUCUUUGUUAACUUUGUUGACAUUUUUUUUUUUUUUUUGGUAGUCUUCGUUCUUGUGCAGUUAUAGCCUACUAUACAGCCUUGUGCACAACAGGCCUCUGGGCAGCACCGUGCCAGUCGGGUAUGAGGAUGCUGGCAUUGCAGGGUGCUGACACAAACUGGGCACAGUAUGGAUUUUUACAAAAAUCAUGAAAACAAUGUGGCACGCUUUCAAAAGAGAGACAGAACAAUGCAGCAUGAUUCUGACGUUGUGGAAACGAGGUCCGUAUUCAAUAUUUUACACAAUAAAAAUAAAAGCAGAUAAUUUUUCUUCUUCUUAUUAAACAUAUUUUUAUUAUUAUUUCUACUAGUAGUAGUUUUAUGUAAUAGCAUUCACUGAUAUUCAAACGAAACAGUAGUACAACACAUUUUUAUUUUAUUUUUUUCUGCCCUGGCUGUCUUCACCUGCCUUUUCGCGUGUUACUGCCUUGUUUCCGCCCCUUCAAAAGGUCACAAAUACCGGCUGGUGAUUGGUCAACAGCUGUUUUCAUGUUGCUUUCGGCGGUCCCUCCUACUCCUGCGAAGCUUCUCUCCGCCCCUUUCGCGGAUUGGAAAUGGCUAGUUUUGGUUUCGGGAGAAAGAAAAUGUGAUAUGGAAAGUAGCGAUAUUGACCAAAGACAUUGUAUUUAUCUUGCUCUUAAUUGUAUUAUUACUUGUACUGUGAUUCUUGAAAUGUAUUUUUGGUUACGACUGUAAGUCGCCCUGGAUAAGGACGUCUGCUAAGAAAUAAACAAUAAUAAUAAUAAUAAUAAUAAUCACAUAAACACUCUUUCGCAAGAGCGAUGGGGUUUGAUUUGGUCCGGCCCUAUGAGACAUGUUUGUAAAAAAUAUCAAUUAUCCAGUGCAGUAGGGUGGAUGCGUAAAGCAAGGUAAACAAAAUACUGACUAACGUACCUUCAACGAACUGGUAAAUCUUUGGCCUGAAUCUUUAAACAAAGGUUAGUCUUCAGGAAGUCAUUCAAGUGAACUCUUUAAUUGUAAGAGUUUUCAUAUGUUCUGGUAUCUUCUUUUCUUCUGUCAUCUUUUAUGGGCUUUCUAGCAGUCCUGUGUGAGAUCAGUGCUCAGGUAUUGAAUUUUUUUUUUUGUUUGACCCAUAUAGUAAGCUGUGAUUAAAACCUUUGACGUUUACUUCACGUUGGUGAAAAUAUUGAAAAACAAAAAUUGUACUUUUACAUAUAGCAGUAAAUGUUAACACGCUAAUAACAAAGAAUUGAACGUUGCCCAUGUUUUAUGUGUCAAGCAGUAUUACUGGGAUGUAUACGUAUUUGUUUAAACUUUGAGUCUGUUUACUGUACCACAGUUGGCUAGAUAUUGUGUAAUGGAGCUUUUAAUAAUUUGUAGUUUUCCAUAUACUUAAGGAAAAACUGACAAGAAUUAAAACAUUUCACAUGUUGAAAUCUAACAUGAAAUAUUGCACUACUAUUAUGCGAUAUUAUUUUGUAGUUUCUUUAAUUACAUGAUGUUAAAUAAAAUAUCUAAAUUAUGUUAAUGGUUUUAUUUAUUUAUUUAUUUAUUUUUAUUAUUUCUCAAUCCUUAAAUUCUAGGUGAUGCAAAGCUUUUGGCCAUAGAUGUAUUUGUGCACCGAAAUAUCAAAUGUAACCUUAAGCAUAAGUAUACAUACAUCACAAUAUAUAAUAUAGUGUACUAACACUUUACCUUGUGGCUGAAUGGCUAAUAUAACAAAGAAGACUAAUAGCAGGAGGCAGCAUUGCAUGUUGGUCUAAAUAUUGUG